AGCUGUUGUGCCUUAAAGAACCGGACGCGUAAAAAUCCCAUUCAGUUUGAGUAGACUCUAGUAUUUCGGUUUUUACCCUCUUCACAAGCUUUUUUUUAGGGGCUCUUCACAAGCCUUUCUCUAUAUAUUCGUUUAACUCGGUUCCUUGUAUAACCAGCGCUAUGAAGUUCAACCUUCUCGCCAUGCCCAUUGCCCCCCACACCAUUCUGCGCCCCUUUUGCAUCAACCCCAUUGUCCGCCGUCUUGGACGGCAUGCAUGGUUCGGCUCCCACGCGAGCUCCGCCGAGGCAGUCAACUGGGAGAAGAUGCAGGAGAGCAGCAACAGGAGGGAUAAGAAGGCCGCGGAGGAAACCGGAUUGAAGGCUCUGUAUGAUGAUGGGUUCGGGAGCGUCACCAUGAAGGAUUACCUAGAGGCGGUUAGGAACAUGCCCAAGGACGACGGUGGGCCACCACGAUGGUUCUGCCCCGUUGAGUGCGGCUGGCCGGUGGUUGAUAAUCCACCUCUGCUGCUGUUCUUGCCAGGAACCGAUGGUGUUGGAAUGGAACUCAUUUUGCACCACAAAUCUUUGGGCAUGUGAGUGUUCUAUUCCUAUGGAGAGGCCGGGGUUAUCCUUCUUUCAAAAAGAAAAAAAAAGCAUUCUAUUACCAUCCAUAUAGGACCAUGGGGUUUCAGAGUAAACCAAUCUACUCUCAACUAUUUGUGUGCUAACGUUGCAGUGAUUCUAGAGUAGACCAUCUACUCUUAAUUACUCCCUUCGUCCCAAUAUAUAAUGUAUAUUUUUUAAUUCCUUAA